GGACAGCGGACAUUGACAUUUUUACUAAACAUUGUUAACCAUUUCCAUUUUCUAGUCUAUCACAAGUUAUAAAUAUUGAGUACAUCUUAGAAAGUUAAUAAUUAAACUCAAAAGUAAAAUUUCAGAUAAAAUGCCAGCUGCGGUGCAAGACGCCAGCAAACCUGAUCACUCUGAACAGAUGUGGAAGGUAUUAAAAGCACACAUUUUACGUGAAAGAGCUCGUAAAAAGCAAGAAAGGGAGCAGGAAGUUGAGGAGGAACGUCUUCGUAAAGAAAGAGAAGCGAGAGAGCAACAAGAUGUAAUGACACUUGGUGAAACCCGUGAACAAAUUACACAGCUUGAAGCCAAACUUACCCAGCUCAAAGAGGAAAAACAUCAGUUAUUCUUACAAUUAAAAAAAGUGCUAAAUGAGGAUGAUAAUAGGCGUAGACAACUCGUGAAAGAAAAUACUGAACAAAUGAUUGCUAUUCAGCCAUUACCCGCCAAUUAUGUGCAUUCGCAGCUGCAUGUACAACCACAACCGUUUAGAUUAGCUCCAAUGCCUCAGCAGCAACAACCGCAGCAACAACAAGCCACUUUUAAAACUACAACUAAGAGACCUAGGAGCCCCAGUCCACAGCCACAAGUACCAGUAUCUUUAUAUCACGGCUAUGGAUAUAAACCCCCUACAAUUGGCACUACUUCUUAUCAGGGUUCUCCACAAAAGGAUGAUGGUAGACGUAAUGAAUUAGUUCGAGCAGUAUUGUGGAACAAAACUCCACAGUACACCAGUCAGCCUAGUGCUUUUUAUCCAGUGGCACCACAGGAACUAUCUAUGUACUACCCUACUAGAAAUGUGUUUGAGAGUCCUAGACCACAAGCAUUCCACCUAGAGCAAAAACUUCCUGAGCAUUAUACUCUUCGAACUCCUUCGUCACAUGGUCAUGUUAUUCAUCCUGGGUCCCUACCUAUUAAUCCACCACAGUCGCAACCCAAAUCGGGCAGCAUAACUGCUGGAUACCCAGUGAGGAGCCAGACUCAGUACCAGCAGUCACCAGCACCAGCAUCUUUGUACACAGCGCAAAGUCGACCCCUUUAUCAGUCUUCAGGUGCUCCCAUGAAUUAUCCCUCUAGAGAGUAAAUAUAUAAAUAUUUUAUAGGAAAAAUAAAUGUACUAUACAUAAUGUCUUUUUCUCAGUUUACUUCUAUAUGUUUUUAUAUAAAUCUUCAUUUAUAAACUGUGUAAUGUG